AUGGAUCUAGUGAAUUUACAAAACUACAAUACCCAUGGAUCACAAGCUCUCUCUCCCAUCAAAAGCCCAACGAACUCAAUCUUUGGCCCACGUUUACAUUCUUCCCAUAACAGUUUUCCCAUCAUAGCAGUGGCCAUUAUUGGCAUUUUGGCCACUGCUUUCUUGCUAGUUAGCUACUACAUCUUUGUCAUCAAAUGCUGCUUAAAUUGGCAUCGAAUCGAUCUUCUAAGGCGUUUUUCAUUCUCUCGAAGACGACUUGUCGAAAACUCUCUAAUGGUUUACUCUCCAGCAAUCGAAAAUCGAGGACUAGACGAGGCAGUGAUUCGUUCAAUCCCAAUAAUUCAAUUCCAGAAAGGUUCCAAAGAAAAUUUGGGAGAAAGGAGCUUCUGUGACUGCUCAGUUUGCUUGAAUGAGUUUCAAGAAGGAGAGAAACUAAGAAUAAUACCAAAUUGUAGGCAUGUGUUUCAUAUAGAUUGUAUUGAUAUUUGGCUUCAAACCAAUGCCAAUUGCCCACUUUGUAGAAGGAGCAUUUCAUCAACAACAAGGUUCCAAUUGGAUCAAACCAUUGGUCCAAUAGCUUCUUCUCCUGAAGAUCAAACCCGAUACACCGAUAAUUUCACAGGCCGGGAUGAAGAUUAUGUUGUGAUUGAAUUAGGUGAUCACAAUUCUAAUGAUCAAACAUUGCUUAGAGUGCAAGAAAGAUUGGACUCAGGAGAAUUAUUAUCACUGCCAUCAAUUAGUCCUCCACCAAGAAAGUUGGAACCAAGAGUUGUGCAGAAGAAAAUGAAAAAAUUGAGUCAUGAAUGUAUUGAUAUGAGGGAGAAAGAUGAUCAAUUUGCAGUACAACCCAUAAGGAGAUCAUUUUCCAUGGACUCAGCCUCUGAUAAGCAGCUUUAUUUAGCAGUUCAAGAGAUUAUUAUGGAGCAGAACAGUGUUGUAAACGAGGUUAGCUCCAGUGAAGGUAGCAGUAGCAGAGUCAGAAGAUCAUUCUUUUCAUUUGGGUAUGGUAGAGGAUCAAGAAGUGCAGUUCUACCAAUUCAUUUGGAGCCAUAA